GUGGACUCCGUUUGUGAACUCUCUACGGGAAAUGUUAGGCAUGGGAACAUCAUAUAGUAUUACAAGUCCAUCAUGCUUGGAAAACGCCAAAUCAGCCAUUUGAAGAACAUGCCCGAUGCAAAACAUGGUCAGAAACAAUGAAAGAAAUGAACCUGCAAAGUGACAUAAUGGCACCACUGAAAAGCACUCCUUUCACUAAAAUACUUUGCAUACAUCAUAUUCAAAUUUGGAGCAAAUGUCCAGUCCGAAGUGUCUCAAGAUGUAUGCGAGAUAUCUUGAACAUUAUUAUUUUCAUCAGUUCCUCUACUUUUGAUGGACUAUGGUGCAGGAUAUGUAGUCUACUUCCAUGAAUUUGAACCUGACGAGACCGAUGAAACUGGUCGACUUAUGCUGCGGGUCGAAUCAAACAAAAGGCAGAAAAACCGCCGAAAGAAGCUGUCGAUUCACUUGGCAGCUUAUGUCUUGAAAGGCUCGCGGCUAUACAUACCUGUUAUGCGACGAGCCAUAGCAAGUGGGAAAAGGUCCCACUCUUACGCGACAUAGCACUUGUUCCUUAAUUUGCUCACGCACAUGCACCGUUUCCCGUCACAGUGUGAGCACCGAGGCGCCUAAUAAGUUUACUGGAAGGCCUUUGGAGUUCUAGGUAGACCCCCUCUCUUUUGUUAGGCGUCUCCUCGACUUUUGAAGUUUUUUAAUCUUGCACCUUCUUUCUUGCUAGCUUUCCCAAAACACAGAUGGUCUUUCUCCUCUUCUCCAUGCACAGCGCGUGCGGAUAAUUAAGGAAUGCGUACAAGGGCCCCGCCAAACGUCUCGUAGACGAGACACUUAUUGACGGGUGAAACGAGGGCACAAAUCGCCGCAGCAGCCCCAGAAACCACGUCGUGCCAGAAACAAUGGCUGCCAGUAUGCUUAUGAAGCGUCAGGGUGCUCGUGCUGUGACCGUAUACGUGGUGUGCGCUCCUGUAUAAUUAAGGAACGUGUACUAUGUCCCGUGACAGUGGCCCCUGUCCAUUCUUGGUAUGCUGCAAUAAAUUGCGCAUGCCUCACUGCAUUACAUGGCUACACUGCGGCAAAGCUGACCAGUUAAAUUAGAAUUAUCCGGAGAAGGUCAAUUUUGAGAUCGAUUUGAGAUAGAUAGAUAAACUUUAUUAAAAGAAUAAUCAGAAAAAACGCUAAUGGUCGGGCCCCCUUAGUCCAGGGCUCCGCUGGCUCUUGCCAUCUUCUCAGCUCUCUUUAUCAGUUUGAGCUGGUCGUCGAGGGCCGAGCUAGUGGACAGCAGUGCCUCCCAUUACUUAAAUGAUAUUGCCCGGAACGCCUCCCAUUGCUCCCUCGUGGUGUUUGAGAUCGAAAUAACGGAGGUUUGGGCCCAUAGAUAUGUAUGGGUGCCGGCCGGGACCUUUGGUCGGGAUCGAAGUAACUGGUGUCGAACUGACAGAAGGCUACUGUAUAUACAGAACAGGUUAAAAAUCAUGCACACAAAAAGGUAUGACAGACAAACAAAAUAAAAGACGUAAAUAAAGCAAGAAAUUCAAAACCAUGUCUCAUCUUUAAAUUCUCUGUCAUAUCUUUACUCAUGCAUAAUUUUUAACGCUUUGUGUUCUUUCAUGUGCUUCCACUAAAAAUUAGUUUCACGUUCAGCAUCGUAUUUCGUAGUCCCCCUGCUCUGUGUUGUGUUAGUGUUUUGCACCACCGUUCAAAUGGAACAUUGAUGUUUGCACAUAGUUUCUUUAGUGCUGUAGAACUGACAGUGCCUCAUGCUGCAUUCUUUAAUGCUCACAAUGGAGGCAAUGUAAGUCCUGUCUCACUGGUUUUGUGGCAAGAGUGAAUAGAAUCAUGGCUGCCAACAUCUGGCAGGACGCGCUGAAUGCUGAGCGUGCCGCCAGCGCUUAUGAGAGAGCACUAGACGAAGAAAGCGUGCUGGUGGCCCUGGGAGACAUGAAGCCGUCACCUAACGGGGACAGUGCCGCCCUGGUAGACGAGAGUGGGUGUGUCUACCUGAGUGGCUCAAGGCGCAAGGUGGACUUUGUACUGGCCUACUCACCUGCCAAGCACCAGGCCAUCCGGGACAUCUUUGAGGAGGAGCUCAGCAAGGCAGGACUGGUGCUCGAGCAUGUCCCACAGAAUCCGAGUGGCCUUUGCUUUGUGAAGAUCCAUGCACCUUGGGAGGUGCUGAGCUGUUUUGCUGAGAUAAUGCGCCUGAAGAUGCCUGUCAAGGAGCUGCCGAACCAAAAUCGCCUUGGCAGGCCAGUGAGACAUCCAAGAGUCCGAAGAUGGGGCUCUGCCAAAAAUGAUCGCGUUCCGGGAUUCAUUGGUCUGGUGGGUGGAGCUACUCAAGAAAAUCAAUCGCCAGGGUGUUGUUCCGAAGACUCAUCGUGGAGCUUGAGGAUGCAGGAGCAGAAUGCUAUGCUGGACUGUGAGCCUGUGGAAGUUCGUUCAAUGGGACGGCGUCAAAAGCAGUUUGCUGUUACGUUUUCUAUGUCCAAGGAGUACCUGUUCGACAUCCCCGAGCCGAAGGAGGACUUUUUCAGUGCAGCACAGAGGGCGCAAGUGGUGCACUUUAUUCUUCAGCGCAAAUCGUUCUCGCGCGACACCCAGCGACGCCACUUUGGCAUUGGCCGACUGCUUGCCGACGGUGUCUACUUGGCUGCUUAUCCACUGCAUGAAGGUGGCCCCGACCGCACCUCCGGUGAAGGAUUAGCAGCACCCCGCACACAACUUCGUCGCAAGUGGGCCUCAGUGCUGGCAUUAUUUUGCUACCAACCACUGGAUGAUGUGCGACGUUAUUUCGGUGUUAAGAUUGGCCUCUACUUUGCCUGGCUGGGCUUCUACACUACCAUGCUUCUGCCGGCAUCCCUCUUGGGUCUUGGCUGCUUCCUGUACGGUGUCGCCACAUUGGGCAAACAUCGCCCUGUACACGAGAUGUGCGCCGGUUCAGAGUCACGCCUGCUGAUGUGUCCGUUGUGUGACAAUGGCUGCGAGUACUGGCGUCUGCGUGACAGCUGCACACAAGCUCGACUGGGUUACCUGUCCGACAAUGGUGCCACGGUCGUCUUUUCAGUCUUUAUGUCGCUCUGGGGCGCUGCCUUUCUCGAACUCUGGAAGCGCUACUCGGCACGCAUCACUUACCAGUGGGACUUGUCUGGCUUUGACACCCUGGAGGAGAACUCGAGGCCCGAAUACCUGGCACGCUUGUCGCACCUUAAGAAACGUGACGUGGAGCUCAUUGAGCAGCAGGAGAAAGGCGGUGUUGAGUCCCUGUCAUUCUGGCGUAUACGCUUGCCCUUUGGCCUGCUGUCAGUGUCGGUGGUGCUGUUGCUGGUGCUGCUCGCCAUGGCUGCCGUUGUGGGUGUCAUUGUGUACCGCAUGUCAGUGCGUGCUACACUCGCACUGCAAAGUGAGGAGAUGUCGAGCUUCAUUCCACUCAUCACUUCCACCACUGCAGCCCUGCUCAACUUGCUGUGCAUCCUCCUCUUCAACAUGUUGUACACUCGACUGGCCGUCUACUUGACCGAGAUGGAGAUGCCGAGAACACAGACUGAGUACGACGACAGCCUGACCUUGAAGCUGUACCUGCUGCAAUUUGUAAACUGCUAUUCAUCCAUCUUCUACAUUGCCUUCUUCAAGGGAAAGUUUGUUGGUCGACCCGGUAAAUACAACACGUUCCUGAACUACCAGCAGGAAGAGUGUGGCCUUGGGGGUUGCUUUGUAGAGCUGUCCAUCCAACUGGCCAUCAUCAUGGUGGGAAAACAGGCGUUCAGCGCGCUCUCGGAGAUGGCGCUGCCUUAUGCCAUGCGCCUGUGGUCCCAUCGGUCAUUUCUGCGGAGCAGCAACAACGAGCACCAACCUACGCAGCCCUGGGAGCGCGACUACUUACUUCCAGACUUGGGCUCUACUGGCCUCUUCCACGAGUACCUCGAGAUGAUCCUGCAGUAUGGCUUUGUCACACUGUUUGUGGCUGCCUUUCCUCUGGCACCUCUCUUUGCACUGCUCAACAACGUGCUCGAGAUUCGACUGGAUGCACUGAAGCUGCUCAGCUCUUAUCGGCGGCCAGUGGCUGUGCGAGUCCGUGACAUCGGUAUCUGGUACCGUAUCAUGGACUCCUUGGGCAAACUGGCUGUGCUUACUAACGCGGUCCUCAUCGCCUUCACAUCGGACCUGGUGCCACGCCUCUACUACCGCUGGAAGGUGUCACCCACAGGAACCCUUGAUGGCUUUGUGGACUUCAGCCUGUCCUACUUUGAUGUGCAAGAUUACGACGAGGGUGUGCGACAUGGGAAUACAUCGGGCCUGCUGGGCUCUCGAUAUUGCAGGUAUGCUGACCACCGCACACCACCGUGGGUUGAGAACCAGUACAAGCGAACAUCACAGUACUUUGAGAUCCUAGUCUGGAAGUUUGCCUUUGUGCUACUAUUUGAGAAUGUAAUUGCAUUCCUGAUGACUAUAAUUCGCUGGAUUAUACCCGACGUUCCCAAGACCAUUCGGGAGAAGAUUCGAGAGGACAACCGGCUCACCAAUGAGAUCAUAAUCCUGCAGGAGUUACGUCGACGACACGUGGACAGCCUGCCACCAGUGGCCUGAAUGUUCACUGCUGGCACUGCUCUGCCAUUCCUGCCAAGUUCCUGUUCCACUUUGUGCAAUCGUCUGCAGCUUGUGUUGUGAAAGCAAACCGAGGCCCUUAUUGCAUCGGUGCUCGUGAUCAAAACCAUGGGAAAUGUUAAUGGACAAAGCUUGUGUUGCCAGAGCACUUUGUGCAGUGAUUUUAGUGUCUGGUCUCGUGAACAUUUUGUGUACCUGCUGCAAUAUCCUGUGUGUAAUAUCCAGCAAGAAAACAGCGCAUGCCAUACACAUACAGUCAGCUUCACGGCUUGAAGGCUAUGCUUAUCGCUCUCAAACUCAGGGUAACGCCAGCCCGCCUCGUGACUGAGGUUGCCUGCUAAAGCGUUAACGAUAGUCGUGCUUUUCUCGCUCACCUUAAUUGUUACAGACGCUGUUUACUUACGCAGAGUUUAUAUGUUGUGCCAACUGCCACGCAAGCGCUGAUUACACGUAAUCUCAAAUGCGUUAUAGACUGUGAGCAAACGCAGCACGUGAAACAAUUUUAUGUACGGCUUGUUACAACAGCGUGUCAUCACUUUUUGGCCUAAGCACUACAGUUUCUAUUAAAAGUGUGUCGCCACUCGGG